AGGAGUUAUUCUCCUUACAUAACACGCUAAGUGACUUGUUUGCAGGUAAACUAAAAUCAAUAUCUACAAGAUCAGGAUGUAUAUAUUCACACUUGUUUCAACAGGAAAUUGGGGGUUGUCAAAAUCAUGCUGCCCUUUUACUUUUAUAUUAAUUAGCAUAUCUGAUACAUAAUUAAAUUUGUCAGGUAAAUUUUCAACAACAUUUUCAUUUAACAUUUCGAGAUAUUUGGAUUCCUCAAAUUCUUCAAAAAUCAUUGCUUCCCUAUCGUCCCGGUAUAAACAAGCAGCCAUUAGUUUCCCGAUUCCGGAUUAAAUGGGUUGUUGGUAGUUCGCCCUUGUUGAGGAUUGAAUGUGGGAGCAUCAGGAUGAAUGUUUGAAUUAAAUUGGGGUCUUUGUACAGACCGGUGUUGCAUGCCAGGACGAGUAUAUGAAUUAAACCGAGAUGAAAUUUGAUGUUGCAUGCUGGAACGUAUGAGAAAAUUAUGCUGAGAAACUUGUGGGAGCUGAUGUUGUAUUCCUCCAGCUCCACGAGCAAUAUGGCCAACUUUAUUACAUUUGUUGCAUAUGGGUAAGCCAUCAGUUGUACGAUGGUUACGGUUAGAAGGAACACCAGAACUUGAUGUCCGGUUUGUUUUGGUGAGGUAUUGUGUUUGUCGCCGCACCUCCUGUCGAACUAAUUUUGCUAUGUUAUUUGAGUCAUGCAUUGAGCCAGGUGGUGAGGGAUGGCGUGAACGGUAUUGACCAUUGUUGGAAUUACUCACGACCAGGUAUCCCAAGUUUCAAAUAAUUAAAGUGCCCCUAAACUUUUAAUAACUGACUGAAGCUGGGAUUAAAAUUUAUACUGUGCCAAUUUAGGAGUACUCACUGAAACAGCUUCUUUAAGAUGAGCAAAGUUUUCUGCCUCUGCCAGAGUUUUUGGCUGUCCUAAUAUAACAUGGCCUUUCAAAUCUGGAUGAAGGCCCUGAAGAAAAUAAUGCAUGACUUCAUUGUCACUUAAGCUUAAGCGCUUGCAUAGCCGCCUAAUUUCUGAUGCAUAAUUAGCUAAAGACUCAGUUUCAUUUUGCUUUCUUGAUGAUAAUUGUUGACGCAAAAGCCAAAGUGAUGCCGGGUUACUAAACUGUUCUUUUAGUGCAUUAAUUAAAGCAUCAUAACUCUCAAAACUAGUAUUAAGACUAGCAUACCAAGAACCAGCAUUACCCUGUAAGUAAAGGGGUAGGGCCCGUAGACGCUGUUUAGAAUCCUACCCACAGAAAUUAGAGUACCGUUCAAAGUGGCUAAGAAAUUCUGUAAGGUCAUCUGUCGGCUUACCAAAAAAAGGUGUGGGAUGGAGAGCAGGGCCCACCUGUAAAUAUUUUGUGAUAUUAGUGUUGCCAAUUGGGCUUGUUGUUGUUUAUGUAAUGUCAGAAAGUCAGUUUGGCUGCGAAUACCCUUUUCAGUACUUUCAGCAAGUUUUUCUUGGCUUUGCUGAUUUGUUCUUGUAGAUUUAUCAAUAAAAUUUAACAGUUCGGACAACUUAUUCAUAGCUCAGUCUGCUCAGCCAUACCCACGCUAGUACAUAUAGUCUACUGAUUCCCGCAAUGAACUAUCAACACGACUGCGACUGCGAGUAAUCGGACCGGACACAAUGAAACGUUUGUAUAACUGUGGUGAAUAAUAUAACUAAAUGUCUACAUUUAAUACACAUGAAAGGACAAGAAACAUAGGACGAGAAACAAUGUAUUAUAUUAACAGCACUAACAACAACUAUAAUACUCUUACACUCGCUAUGAUUUUAGUAUGAGGAAAAAAGAAAUUUAAUUUUCUGACACAACACGCGGUUCGUAGUCGAUUUCAAGUAGCCAAGCAAAUUUUAAGGAUAAAGUAAAUAUCGUGUACCUCAAGUUAUAUAGCUUCGCGUCUGACGUCGCGGAGUACAUGACUUUUGCUGUUCUUUCAGCGUCGUGUACUCGUGUGUUCAAACGUCGUCAAAGAUUUUGAUAAAGCCCUUUCAAAAUACUGUGUGUUUGAUUUAUUUUCUGCCAUAAAGCAUGUUAAACAAAAGAAACUCGAAGAAAUUCGACAAUACUAUUACGAUAAUCACAAUGGAAUUUGAAAAUUACGGGAACCACUGAGUAUUUUAAUGAAAUAUAAAACAACGGUAACCGAACUAUUUAUAAAAUGUUGUUUAUGUGAACUUGCAACCAAUCAAAAUCUUUCAUGAUGCUGAUCAACCAAUCAGAUUUCCCGUCCACCAGAUGGACGGGAAUCCCACGGUUUAGAUAGGUUUUGUGUCAGGCCAUAUUCUAAAUUAGGGCCUGAAUUUCAGGUUAAUUAACUUAUAACAUACUAUUGGCGACUUGACGAAAGUACAAUACCCACUUGAUCAUGAAGCGACCGUACCAUUUCUGCAUAAACCAAGACAAAAACAGAGAUAAUGAGGUCUAUUUAAUCUAUUCUCAUCGAGUUUCCUAACCAUCUUGUUCUGCUGACUAUGAUCAUAAAAUAUCGUUUUGUAGAACUCCUACAAUAAUAUUUAAACUUUGCCACACUACCGCUGGAGGUUCUGAUAUUCUCAGGUAAAUUGUUCCAAGGGUAAACUAUUCGAUUAAAAAAGUUGCCUUAAACGAAAAUCAAUAUUACCGCUAUAUACAAGCCACAUUUCAUCUUAUAAAAGGUGGUUAAGUCCUUUAUCCCUUGUCCAUGCAACAAAAGAAGAUCAAGUCGUCGGAGUCGUUCCUUGUAUUCUAGUUCUGGCAUUAAAAUACGUGUUGCACGUCGUUGAAACCGUUCAAUUAACUUGAUCAACAUUUUUAUUUUACUCGCUCUAAUGCUUUCUAUCACUCAUUCACUGAUCGAGCUUCAAACCCUUUAUCUUGUUUUGAAAAUGUCUUGCUCAAGAAUUCCCUUCUCAUUAUAACGAAUUUGCAUUUUAGAUUAUUCAUUGCAAAUGAAUUGUAAGCUCCUGUUAUUUACCAUCCUGCUCAUCACUUCAAUCAAUCGAGCUGGAUCUGGUCCUAUUACCUGCUAUGCUUGUAUGGAAUCAACGACUACAUAUUGUGCAACAGCAGUAUUAAGCGGUAGGAGAGGGCCGGAUUGCAAAAAAUUUCGAGUAAUUGCGAUAUGAAAUAUUCAAAGCUAUCCGCUACAUAUGUUUGCACAUAUUUACCACGCGUCUUCACCAAAAAUUUGAAAUCGAUACUGCUGUUCGUUCACGAGUUCGGGAGAUUUGAAUAAGAUAACCGCUGACAUCAGCAUUGUUUUAAUUGUCUUUAAAAGCUACAUUUUAUUAGCCUUUCUCACGCUAUACCACCAGGCCUUAAAAUCCGCCAUUUUGGGUGGUAAAAGCAUUGUUUUUGACGAUUUCUUUUUCAAAACAUAAAAGCUAUAAUGUUUUGCUUGUAUACAAUUGUUUGUCACUUAGUUCUCUCAUAGUUGUUGAAAGUUUGGAUUAAAUUCCAAAAUUUUAAAUACUCGCCGAAAAUAUGCAUUUUUUCAUCGCGUAUUUUCUUGGCGAAAUUUAAAAAUUUGGUGCUGAAAUUAACACACAUAGUUAGCGACAAUCACAAAUAAUUUACUGAUAAGAAAUACGAUAAAUUUGCAUGGUUUAAACUUUUUUUUGACAAAACAAAACCUGCCCAAUUCAAUCAUUUUACCACCCAAAAAUGGCGGAUUGACCCUAAAUUUAACCAUUCAGCACUAUUUUCCCAAAGUACAUUGGAAAUGUUGUUUGUGUGAUGUUACUCUGAGUGUAUAUCCACACCGGGCAGGCUUGAAAAAUAUGCCUGGCCACGGCGGGAUUCGAACCUACGACCUUUCGAAUACUAGCCCAAUGCUCUUCCAACUGAGCUACGCGGUCAGGACGGUUCGAGUAAGCGAUAUUUCGGAACUGAGUCUAGUUCCUUCGAUAUCAGUGUAAUCUAAUAUUUAUGAAAUCUGCUGUGUUGGUGUAAUGUACUCAGGUGAAUAAGAUGUUUGUGCGAUGUUACUCUGAGUGUAUAUCCACACCGGGCAGGCUUGAAAAAUAUGCCUGGCCACGGCGGGACUCGAACCUACGACCUUUGGAAUACUAGCCCAAUGCUCUUCUAACUGAGCUACGCGGUCAGGACGGUUCGAGUAAGCGAUAUUUCGGAACUGAGUCUAGUUCCUUCGAUAUCAGUGUAAUCUAAUAUUUAUAAAAUCUGCUGUGUUGGUGUAAUGUACUCAGGUGAAUAAGAUGUUUGUGUGAUGUUACUCUGAGUGUAUAUCCACACCGGGCAGGCUUGAAAAAUAUGCCUGGCCACGGCGGGACUCGAACCUACGACCUUUGGAAUACUAGCCCAAUGCUCUUCGGCAUAUUUUUCAAGCCUGCCCGGUGUGGAUAUACACUCAGAGUAACAUCACACAAACAUCUUAUUCACCUGAGUACAUUACACCAACACGGCAGAUUUCAUAAAUAUUAGAUUUCACUGAUAUCGAAGGAACUAGACUCAGUUCCGAAAUAUCGCUUACUCGAACCGUCCUGACCGCGUAGCUCAGUUGGAAGAGCAUUGGGCUAGUAUUCCAAAGGUCGUAGGUUCGAAUCCCGCCGUGGCCAGGCAUAUUUUUCAAGCCUGCCCGGUGUGGAUAUACACUCAGAGUAACAUCACACAAACAUCUUAUUCACCUGAGUACAUUACACCAACACAGCAGAUUACAUUGGAAAUGUUUAUUAGAAGAUUUAUUGGUUCAUUUUUGUAUUGAACAAGCUAUUAUAACAAAUGGAACAAAAUGACACUUAAAAAGGUUCUUUAGCAGCAAAAAUGAGCAUAGAAAGUUAAUGGAUUGUUCCAGAAAUGUCCAAAUAGGUUUAAAAUGUUCGUAGGACGUAUAGUUGUAUUUAACAGGAUCUCAUAAAUUAAAAUAGGAUCAUCAAAGAGGAUAACUAAGUGAAACGUAGUAUCACUUUUCAGCCGCACACUGCUCUGCUUGGGGUUGGUGUCCUCCACUUUGGUUUAAUUGUGUUAUGGCCGUCAUUGGAACAGCGUGUGGCGUGGCUUAUAUUGGCUGUGCAGUGGUCUGCAUGGCUCCUACUGUUUAAAUCAUGAUGGUCAAUAUAAUGUUGCUGAUUUACAAGGAUUACCCUCGUUAUAAUUUUGUAAACUUUGUUAUUGUAUUCUACAAAUAUACUUCGCAUUUUUAUUGUUACCCGAGCUUUACUGUAUUUGCCUAGAGUCAACAAUGUGCCUUUAACUAAUGCCAAUAUUUGGUUAUAUAUCUAAUAGUACUAUGAACAGAUAAACUUAUUGGUUAUAAGGUUAUAUAUUAACCAAAGUUAAUAGCUAGUCAGCCAGAAAAUUGAGUCCCUGGUCGAGAUGUGUGAUGCAUGUUUUUGUCCAACUAUAACGUGACGUUUCCGCAGAUAGUACGGUUUUAUGUCGUUUGCAUCUAACGACAUUGCGUGUGUUUGCGUGAGUCGCAGGCUUAAAGCCAGUCGCGUGCUGGCAAGGGGGGCUGGGGGGCCACGGCCUCCCCAGCUGGCAAUUUUUGGGGGGCGCAAAAAUGAAAAGGGGGCGCCGAUCCUGCGCCGAAUUUUGAAAGUGGGUGGGAAAAGGUUGAAAAAAUAUAGUUACUUCCACCAAGAAAAAAUGUGUUUAUAGGCUUAUAAACAGACUGAGCGCAUAGGCGACAAAGUGAUAUAUUAAAUUACAGACUAUUUUGUCUAACCAGCCAGUAUUGGUACCUCACACGAAAUCGUUCAUAUAGAAACAUGAUCAGUGAUCACACGCAAUGUCGCAUUACCGGAAUAUUGGCCAGGUUUCGAAGCGAUCACGGGAAUUAUGCCCUUUUUUGCUUGUAUUAUGCCCUUAUAUUAUGCCUUUAUAUUGCUUCACGAAUCACGAGAGCGGCGCAAAUUAGAUAGUUAUGAUAAUGUAAAGUUGUGUACGCAAUUUAGUUGUUUGAACAAGAAACAUCAUAACUCAUCGAGUAAUG